AUCGCUGACGUCAGGGUGAUGUGACGGCCGUGGGACACCCAAGAACAUCGACGGCAUUAAGGCGCCUAUAAAACCGAAGUAUUAGCUGCAGGCCAUAUAGAGCAUAUUGCAAACACCCUCCUCGCUCAAUUGAAUUCCAUCUCUCAUCUCUCAAUUUAGUCAAUUAACGCCGCAUUCUUAUUUAAACUCAUAUCGAACCUCGACUGAAAUACUGCAAAUGGCUGAAAGUCAGUUUGAAAAAGGUCAUCAAAUCCCUCCCCAUAAUCAGGAGAGACCUGGAAAACAGAAAGACAUGCAGGAUCCGAAGCCUGUAUCUACCCAGCUACCGACAGAGGAUGGUGACUAUCAGAAGUACAAAGCCGCUGGAAAGCUAGAGGGCAAAAAGGCAAUCAUCACCGGUGGGGACUCUGGCAUCGGCCGUGCUAUUGCCAUCCUCUUUGCCAUGGAGGGAGCCGACUCGUUGAUUGUCGAACUUCCCGACGAAGAGGAAGACGCCCAGGAGACAAAGAAGCGGGUGGAAGAGCAUGGCCGCAAGUGCUAUUUGCUCGCGACUGACAUUAAGGAGAAAGAAAACUGUAAGAAGAUCAUUGAUACUGCGUUGGACAAGCUUGGUGGUGUGAAUAUUCUGGUCAACAAUGCUGGUACCCAGAUUCAAGUUGAGAAGAUCAAGGAUCUGACCGAACAUACUUGGGAAGAUACUUUUGCAACAAACAUCAACCCAGUAUUCUACCUCUCUAAAUACGUCUUGCCUCAUCUAAAGUCUGGCGAUACCAUCAUCAACAAUGCCUCCAUCAACGCUUAUGUCGGGCGCCCUGAUCUGCUCGAUUACACAUCCACAAAGGGAGCCAUCGUCUCAUUCACGCGGGCUCUGUCGAAUCAGGUAGCCGGCGAAGGUAUUCGUGUCAAUUGUGUCUGCCCAGGUCCAGUCUGGACUCCGCUUAUUCCUGCUACCAUGACCAAAGAAACUCAAAAAGGGUUCCAUCAGACCCCAAUGGGCCGUGCUGGUCAGCCGAGUGAGGUUGCGACCUGUUUUGUGUUCCUGGCUAGCCAAGACAGCAGUUUUAUCUCUGGCCAGAGCUUGCACCCGAAUGGUGGAGUUGUCGUGAACGGAUAGUGGACAGCUCCAUGUUCCUUGACUCAGAUGUGCACUAUAGAAAUAUUAGAAGAGUACCCUUGGCAUGAAUGUACGCUGGACAUAGAGGAAAUC